GCGCACACACACGCGCGCACGCAGGUAGAGCUCGAGACAGCAGCGCGCGCUGGACUGACAGCUAGAAGAAAUGUGUGUUUUUUGUUUUUUCCUCACAGUAAAGAGAUAUAAAUAAGUAUCAACCCUGUGGAUCAGAGCUCAUCUCUCUGCCAUGUAGACCUGAUGGAAACGACAGCAAACAGAAGGCAUCCACUUUGAAUCUGCCUAAAAUCUUUACUCGGAAAAACAAACGCUGAAGCUGAUGAGUUCGCCGAGCCUCAGUGAACUGGGCAAGACUGAAAAGGCUGCUUUGGAGGAGAGAGGCGCUCAGCAAUGCAGGGCAGGGGCCAACGUCAUCUGGAAUAGUAUUCAUAAUGCAGUAAUCGGCAUGUUCCAGAAGAAAGAUCUGGGAGACAAUGAGUUGUACUCUUUAAAUGAAGGAGUCAGGCAGCUGCUGAAAACAGAGCUGGGGUCCUUCUUCUCAGAGUACCUGCAGAACCAGCUUCUAACCAAAGGGAUGGUCAUCCUCAGAGACAAAAUAUACUUCUAUGAAGGUCAGAAGUUACUCGAUGCUCUGGCUGAAACCUGGGACUUUUUCUUCUGCAAUGUUCUCUCCAUGCUGCAAGCCAUUUUCUACCCAGUCCAGGGGAAGGAGCCCACUGUAAGGCAGCUAGCACUCCUGCACUUUCGGAACAUUAUAACUCUGAGCAUUAAGCUGGAGGAUGCUUUGUCUCGUCCCAAUGCUUGUGUUCCUCCUUCCAUCAUACAAAUGCUGCUCAUACUGCAGGGGGUGCACGAGUCUCGGGGAGUGAGUGAUGACUACUUAAAGUUGGAAUCUCUGAUCCAGAAAGUUGUGUCUCCGUACCUAGGCACACACGGCCUCUAUACUGAUGACGGCUGUGUAGCGCAGUGCUCCUGUGUGCUGGAGAAGCGUUGGCAGCGGCACUGGCCCCAGCUCAGUGACUCCUCGGGCAGGAACCCUGUAGUGCGCUCUAAAAGCUACAACGUGUCCAUGUUGACACCUGUGGCCGAGUACGAGACGGAGCCCACAUCAGUGGGCAGUGCUGGUGUCCGACGACACUCUGUGUGCCAAAUGACCUUGUGUCAGGAAGAGCCGGCAUUCUCCAGCACAAAGUCCAGUCCUGAGUCGAACAUCACACCACAGCUCUCAUCCUCUCACCCAUCCACAGAACAUGACUCAGCUCUGACAGGCUGCAAAGGGCAAAUGACGGAAACGUCUCCACUACUGUCUCCUUCCAUGUAUCCUUCGAUUUUCUCUCAGUGUUCUUCAGAGAUAUUUCAGAAAAUGUCCCAUGAAGCAGAUUCUGAUCUGAUUAAGGAAGCGGCCUCAAUACCCAUAGCCUCGUCAAGCCCAGAAACCAUCACAGAUCAGCUCCUAGAGUCUUUAGACUCAGAAUCAGAGGGAAUCUUCAUAGACUUCAGCUGCCACUGUUCACACUCCUCCAACCUCAGCCACGAGAGUGAGAGUGUGGUCUAGAAAGGCAGCAGAAAGUGAAUGUCAGGAACUUUUAAUCUCUGAAGCUCAAAAUAGCAUGAAUCGGGUUCAUGUCAUUUGGUUUUGGGGGAUUUCUAUUCCUUUCAUAUUCCUUGUAUUUUCAUACUAAACAUCUGAAAAGCCAAAUUUUAACACUUUUUUAAAGAUAUUUCUAAUUAAGGUCUCUGGGCUCUUUUUCUUCAAUUCCUCUGAAACUUCUUUUAGAAUUCUUGAAAGUGUCUGGAUCAUUUUCCAAACUUGAAUAAAAAAAUUUUGGGGGAUUAUAACUGUUUAGAAUAACAAAUUCUAUAUUAUAUAACAAAUUUAUCUAUUUUAAUUACUAUUUAAUUGUAUUUAUUUAUGUAAUUGUUAGUGAGAAGUGAUAAAUGUGCUGAUUAGAAGCCCCUAACAGGUGAAGCUGGAUGCAGAGAGAAAUCCACUGUAAUCAUUGAGACAGAUGAAGGAUCUCUUCUUCUUUCUUCUGCUUUUAAGAAUGGUGUGAUAAUCAAUGAGGCAUUAAAUAUCAAUAUUCCUUU